CCCCAGGCCCCUUGCCCUGGCGGCCCCCACCAACCCCCCCGCCAACCCGGUUGCAAGUGGCGGCGGCGGCUGCCGAGAUUGGAAUCCGCCUGUUGGAGCUUGGCGAAGGACAGGGAAGAGAGAAAAAGGAGGAGGAGGGCUUGGGCUCCGGCGGGUCUGUCCGGGCGAGACGAGGAUCUCGCGGCCGCUGGAGGGGCAACCGGGCCAGAGCAGCUGCACAGCGAGGGCAGAGGCCGAGCCUAGCCCGGGUCGCGUCCAGGCGGCUCGCCGCGCCCACCCCUCUUCGCGCCGAGGGCUGGAGGAUGAGUUCCUCGGAGUCUGGAUUUAUGAAAAUAUGCAUCAGUUUAACACUGUCUUGGAAUUCAUGAGAUGGAAGCAUAGGUCAAAGCUGUUUGGAGGAACUUGGAGGUACAGUUUUAUCUAGUCACAUCUCUGAGGAGUCAGGAGAAAGCAGUGGAAAUUGGAGUCAUUGUAAAGUCAUUAAGAACUUUUACAAGAAAAUCUCAUUGAGUAAAAGUCAUUUAAAUUAGUGGCAUAACAAGAUCAGUUAUUAAAGGUGACAGUGUACAGCAAACAUUAAAAUUGAAUAAUGACUCUGCUAUAUAUUUACAUCAGAAUGUUGGGAGCCUGUCUGUUCAUCAUUUCUCAUGUUCAAGGGCAGAAUCUGGACAGUAUGCUCCAUGGUACUGGAAUGAAAUCAGACUCCGAGCAGAAAAAGUCAGAAAAUGGAGUAACCUUAGCACCAGAAGAUACCUUGCCCUUUUUAAAGUGCUAUUGCUCAGGACACUGCCCUGACGAUGCUAUUAAUAACACAUGCAUUACUAAUGGGCAUUGCUUUGCCAUCAUAGAAGAAGAUGACCAGGGAGAAACCACAUUAGCUUCAGGAUGUAUGAAAUAUGAAGGAUCUGAUUUUCAGUGCAAGGAUUCACCAAAAGCCCAGCUACGCCGGACAAUAGAAUGUUGUCGGACCAAUUUAUGUAACCAGUAUUUACAACCUACACUGCCCCCUGUUGUUAUAGGUCCAUUUUUAGAUGGCAGCAUUCGAUGGCUGGUUGUUCUCAUUUCUAUGGCUAUCUGCAUAAUAGCUAUGAUCAUCUUCUCCAGCUGCUUUUGUUACAAACAUUAUUGCAAGAGUAUUUCAAGCAGACGUCGUUACAAUCGUGAUUUGGAACAGGAUGAAGCAUUUAUUCCAGUUGGAGAAUCAUUAAAAGACCUUAUUGACCAGUCACAAAGUUCUGGUAGUGGAUCUGGACUACCUUUAUUGGUUCAGCGAACUAUUGCCAAACAGAUUCAGAUGGUUCGGCAAGUUGGUAAAGGUCGAUAUGGAGAAGUGUGGAUGGGUAAAUGGCGUGGUGAGAAAGUGGCCGUCAAAGUGUUCUUUACUACUGAAGAAGCUAGCUGGUUUCGAGAAACAGAAAUCUACCAAACUGUGCUAAUGCGCCAUGAAAACAUACUUGGUUUUAUAGCAGCAGACAUUAAAGGUACAGGUUCCUGGACUCAGCUCUAUUUGAUCACUGAUUACCAUGAAAAUGGAUCUCUCUAUGAUUUCCUGAAAUGUGCUACACUAGACACCAGAGCCCUCCUCAAGUUGGCUUAUUCAGCCGCCUGUGGUCUGUGCCAUCUCCAUACAGAAAUUUAUGGCACCCAAGGAAAGCCUGCAAUUGCCCACCGAGACCUAAAGAGCAAAAACAUCCUCAUUAAGAAAAAUGGAUGUUGUUGUAUUGCUGACCUGGGCCUGGCUGUUAAAUUCAACAGUGAUACAAACGAAGUUGACGUCCCCUUGAAUACCAGAGUGGGUACCAAACGGUACAUGGCUCCAGAAGUGCUGGAUGAGAGCCUGAAUAAAAACCAUUUCCAGCCCUACAUAAUGGCAGACAUUUAUAGCUUUGGCCUAAUCAUUUGGGAAAUGGCCCGUCGUUGUAUCACAGGAGGGAUAGUAGAAGAGUACCAGUUACCAUAUUACAACAUGGUCCCAAAUGAUCCAUCAUAUGAAGAUAUGCGUGAGGUUGUGUGUGUCAAACGUUUGCGGCCAAUUGUGUCUAAUCGAUGGAACAGUGAUGAAUGUCUACGAGCAGUUUUGAAGCUAAUGUCAGAAUGCUGGGCCCACAAUCCAGCCUCCAGACUUACAGCUCUGAGAAUCAAGAAGACACUUGCCAAGAUGGUUGAAUCCCAAGAUGUAAAGAUUUGACAGUUAAGCAGUCGGGAGGAAAAAUUCUAGACUGCAAGAACUGUUUUCAUCCAAGGAAUGGAUGGAAUUAGAGUAGAAUAAGGAUGUUAACUUGGUUGUCAGACCCUUUCCUCACUACACCUUCGCAGGCUGCUAAUGUUAAACCUUUCAGUACUCUGUAGAAUAUAAGCUGGGAACUUCUAAAAACUUUAUUCUUUAUAUAUGGACAGCUGUACUUUAAAUGUGGUUUUUGAUGCCUUUUUUAAAUGGGGUUUAUAUGAACUGCAUCAAGACUUCAAUCCUGAUUAAUAAGUCUCCAGUCAAACUCUGGGUACUGAAUUACCUGUUCAUAAAAUGGUGCUUUCUGUGAAAGCCUUAAGAAGAUAAAGAAUUCAGCAGAGGUGGAGAAAUAACACACUUGCCUUCUACCUGAGAAAAUUUAAUCUGUUUGUAUUUUACCUUUGUAAACAGCCUAUGGAUUAUUAUCUGUUUGGGAUACUGCUUAGUUUAUGAUAAUUAGUUUGUCAUACCUUGAUAAUGGUGUGUAUGUACACACACAUGCACACCAGGAUUUCUCUGCUGCCAUUUGAAUUAGAAGGAAAUAUAAUUUAUGAAUACACAGGAAGAUGUUAGUGGCUGUUGGUUUUGUGCUUUAAAAAUGCAUGACCUGACCAAGAUUAGCCAAUCACAUAAAAAGCCAUUUACCUUGAAAGUGAGCUAGCUUCUCCACCAACUUUGUUUUUAACAUAAAAGUUGACACCGAGGCCAAAAAAGUUUAAAGUGCCUGGAAAUUUUGACUGUUUUUCUCCCACCAACAUCUUUUCUUUUUAAUUUCCUUUCUUUCUUUCUUUCUUUUUUUUUUUUUGUAAUUAUUAUUUUUGUCAUAGAAAGCAUCCUAUCCAAAGUUGGAGCUUCCAAUGCCAUGAAGCUUGUAAAGAAAACACUUCUUAUUGAAGCAAAUUACUAAUUACUGCAUUUGAUAGCAAUGUUAAGUGCCUAUAACCAUGUUCUGUAUUCUUUCUUCUCAGUAACUUUUAAAAGGGAAGUUAUUUAUAUUUUGUGUGUAAUAUGCUUUAUUUGCAAAACACCUGCUCCUUUUACAGCCAUAUUUUAUAUAUGUACAUACAUUCAUACUGUAGAAACCAGCUCUUGUGGACCUCACACUCACCCUUGAGGAGGAAAAAAUAGAAGAUCAUCAGAAGAAAAUGUUAUAAAGUAGAACCACAUAUGCAUUUUUAGAACUAAUGCAUUCAAAACAGUAUAUCAAACGUAAGAGUUUGUUAAUGCAGAGUUUCAUUAAGAUACUAUCAUCUCAGUUUUUCUUUAUGAAAGGAUCCUCUAGUGAUUUUUAUUUCAGAACUGAUAAAAACUUAUCAACAACUGUCAUAGACACUUGAAUCAUUUGAGAUUUUUGGUUUUAUGAUUUCUGUUCCAUAAGUUGUGAAGACAAUGAAGAGGUAGUAUCUAGUCAGUACCUACACUUACCCUGUAUUGAUGGUUUUCAUGAAAGUGCUACAAAUGGAUGCCUUGUUAUUCCAAGAAAUAAUUCUGAUUUACUUAAACUUUUUAUACUUCUGUAAUGCCUUUUAAAUGUUAAUAUCUAAUACUGAAAGAACAACUCACGGGUGCAGAAUGUGAGACAGUUUUGUUUGAAUAUAGCAUAAAAUAAAUGUGGUUGUAUCAUAACAUGGUCAAAACACUUUAAAGGUAGGGAAUUAGAGCAUGAAUCCGUUCAUUACCAAAAGUUUGGCACUUAAGGAUGAAACUAAUAUAUUUGUACAUCAAACUUGACAAAUUAAAAACUUGCUUUAACAGUUUUGACUAAAUUUAACAAUUUUCAUCUAAGAUAGUGUAAGUUUGAAAUGUGCAUCAAGAUAAGUAAAUUUACAUACUGGUAGUACCCAAUAACUUGCUCUUUCAGAGUGUUUUCUCCUUUUAUUAUAGUGAGAUUUAUAGGUAUUUUAAUCAAAUUGCCAUGUGAUUUAUGAGCUCUGGUCCACUUAGGCUAAGGUUAACCUUGAUUUAUUUUUUGAUAAACUACAAAUCCUCAGAAUCAUUUGUCAUCUUAAUAAUAAAGAAAAUAUUUAAGAAAAAGUAAACUCUAUUCUUAGAAACAUUAAAACAGUGUGUGGGCGCAAAACAUUACAGGUAGUAUAUAAGUACAAGCCCUUCAUAAUGAUUUUUUAAAUGAAAUUGAUUAAAAAUGAUACUAAGAAUGUUAGAGACUUGUUCAAUAUAAAUAUAUUCUCAUAUAACGUGUUUUUUAAAAAGCAGAUGAUGACAUAUUUGAAAUCCUAACAUCUAAAAAAAGUUGCAUGAAACUUUUCUUCUCUCCUUCUUAUUUUUACUCUUAAAUUUCUAAGUUUAUCCAGUAAGCAAAAUAUUUAAAGAGGAAGUUAAUUUGUAAAAUCCUAGAAACCAUUAUUUGUUUUCACAAUUUAACAUUUUAAAACUGUGUGGCUUCUGUCAGUCAUCCCUUUAAAUAAAUAAAACAUUAAAAACAAAAUACCAAAGGUACCAGAAUAUAAUAAAAAUUAACCCUUAAAGAAAAUUCUGCUGAUAUCUCUAGAAUUAAAGCUUCAUUAGGAUUGUCUUCAAUGUAUUUAUUUUAAGCUUUCCCUGUAUUUUCUUAAAAAAUUUGAAUCUAUUUCUCUGGAUAUGUUUUCACAAAAGAUAUUUCAAUCACCAUAUCACGUUGCCUUUUCAAUAUCCGGAAGUAUUUCUAAACUUAGAAAGUGACUUACAGUUUUUGAAAAUUAUUUUCCUAGAAUGUGCCAGAUUUAUUAUUUACUCAAAAAAAAAAAAAUAGUACCUUUUUUCUGCCAGAUAUUUUGCUUCUGUUUAAAACAAAAAUGCAGUACAGUUUUUAAAGACUCUUGCCUCUCACUCUGACCAGUGUGGCUCAGUUGAUCUGAUGUCAUCCAGCAACGCAGAAGAAGGUCAUUGGUUUGAUUCCGAGUCAGGGCACAUGCCUGGGCUGCAGGUUUGGUCCCUGAUUGGGUCACAUACAAGAGACAACUGAUCAGUAUUUUUCUGUCACAUCAAUCUCUUUCACCCUCCUAUUCUCCCUAGCUUCCCCUCUCUCUAAAAAUAAAUAAAAUCUUAAAAAGAUUCAUGCAUCUCUAAGCCCAAUAUCAAAUUUGAUAAUUAAAAAAUUUAUUCCAGGGAAGAUUUUAUAAAUGAAGUCACAUUCUUUUCAUGCAUGUUGUUUUGAAAUGCGUCUAAACAGCAGAAAUACUAAUUGAUGUUUUAAAAGGAUUGUUGGAGCUCUUAUACUGUCUAAAAGGAUCAACCUUUAUUAUUUGCUUGGAUCAGAUUUAUUAUUUACAAUUCACCUUCUUGCUUCACUGCUGUUAAGAAAACUGCAGGCAACUGACCAAAUGAAACCUAGGACAGCGUCAGAUGAAGCCACAUGUAGUGAUCCUUCUGGAAGAAAAGUAUGUGAAUACUGCUUUUGCAAAGGAUUAAAUAUAUUAUCAUUUUAGAUCAUGCUCUGUACUAUGCUUUCAGUGAAAUUAUUUAAUCCCUUUUAGUGAAUGUUGUCCAUGCCCAUUUAAAAACUAAAAUGUAGUAUAUAUUGUAUAAAAUGAAAAUACCAUUAUAGCUUAUUUAGGGAAGUUGUACAUAGACAUUGAAAGAAGGGUUAAGCAAUUUUAUUAUGCAAUUGUAAAACACAAAAAAUAUAAAUUCAUCUUUGAUAUGUA